AUAUUAGUAUCACUUUAAGUAUGUGGCAUUCUACACGUUGGCCACUGGUGUGUCAUAGCCUAGCCAGCGUUCUCACUUUAAGUAUGUGGCAUUCUACACGUUGGCCACGAGUGUGUCAUAGCCUAGCCAGCGUCUUCACUUUAAGUUGUGUUUUAGGCGUAUUAAACAUCCCUGACAACCUCACUGGCAGCUGUUUAAAUAAAUAACUUCCUGCUACAGGAACAUCCUCAUAUCGGGGGUGGAUGAACGUUAUCAGCGGCCAUAAAACCUAAUCUAACACAAGUUAACGUUUAAACCACCGUUGAUAAGCGGCAGCCAGUGGCCAUCUGGAAAUAGUUGCCUUAACUGCCUGAAUUCACCACAACCAGCAGUAGACUCGGGCUCUUCGUGCCAAGUUCAGACAUGGGGGAAGAAAUGGGCCCUCCUGGGGCCACCAAAGAAAUUUUGGGAUGUGACCAUCUCAGAGUCACGGAAAUCAAUUUGGAAGCUGGUGAGACCACAGAAGAGCCGCAAGAAGUCCCCCCAUCUGCGUCGGCUUCUUCUCCCCCAGAAUCCUCAGAGGGGCUGCAGAUGGUCAACCAGGGUCCAGAUGAUUCGAAACCUUCGGAGAUCACAAACUCUUGCCUUACGGAUAUGGACUGUCCCGUCUGUUUCAGUAGAUACGAUAUCCAUCGGCUCCCCAAAGAACUGUCCUGCUAUCACAGCUUUUGUGCUAUAUGCCUCAAACUCCUGGUCUGUAAUGAAGCGGGCACCUGGAGGAUAGCGUGCCCCAUAUGUAGGGCGCCCACCACAGUCUUUGGAGGACUCGUAUGUACUUUGAAAAACCAGGAGCUACUGAUGAGCCGGUUGCCGACCCCCGAGGAGAAGGUCGUCGCUCCCGAAGCCUCCAGAUCGGCAGAGACGGCCACCAGGCUGGACCGCAUCGGCGUGACCUGGAUCUCAGACGAGGAAAGGAACGGGAGACAGUGGACCGCCGCAAAGAGAUUGGUGGUCCUGCUUCUGAUGCUGCUGAUCGUUCUGAUCGUCGUUCUGCAGUUUAUCUACACUGGGAUUAUGAAGUGGGUGCUGGGAUUGGCUCUGGGGAUGGUCGUUAUAAUAACUGUUCUGCUGUGCUUCAACCCUUACUGGAAAUUGAGAUUGCAAGGAGAAACAAGUCCAGCGGGAGACGACGCGGCCGCCGCAAAGGUGUAAAAGGACAACGGACAGCGUAGUGCUCAACAUUCUUAUGUAUUGACUUAUAGAUCAGACUGUGAGCUGUGUGCAUGUUCACCUAUAGACUCUACUGACAAAACUGAACAUUUUCAGGACUAUGUGGAUUUAAACCUCCAACAUUUGAACCCAAAUCCAGUCUUAUUCCUUUUUUCUUAUCAAAUCCCCCAGUCUUAUUCAUUUGUCCUUCCUUUUGCAUCCAAAUCCUUCUGUCCCUCUUUGCUUUCCAGGUGUCCUUAUUUUAUACCCAGAUCUCUUCUAUCUGUCUUCCCUCCAUCAGACUCUCUCUCUUUUGAACCCAACUCCCCUCCAUCUCUCUUAGCUCCAGCAGAGUCUCUCUAUUCUAACCCAGAUCUCUUCUUCCCCCUUGCCUCCAGAGACUCUCUCCUUUGAACCCAGAUCGCCUCUAUUUCGAUUCCUGCAUCAGACCCAGGUGUCCUCUAUCUCUCUUCCCUACAACAGUGUCUCUCUUUUUGAACUGUGAUCCCCUCUAUCUCUCUUCCCACCAUCAGAGUCUCUCCCUUGAACCCAGAUCGCCUCUAUUUCUCUUCCUGCAUCAGAGUCUCUCUUUUGAACCCAGAUCCUCUCUAUCUCUCUUACCUACAUCAGAGUCUCUCUUUUGAACCCAGGUGUCCUCUCUCUCUAUCUCUCUUACCUCCAUCAGAGUCUCUCUUUUGAACCCAGGUGUCCUCUCUCUCUCUCUCUCUCUCUCUCUCUGUCUCUCUCUCUCUCUCUCUCUCUCUCUCUCUCUCUCUUCCCUCCAUCAGAGUCUCUCUUUUGAACCCAUAUUCCCUCUAUCUCUCUUCCAUUCAUCAAAGUCUCUUUAUUGAAUCCAGAUCUCUUUUGUCUUUUUUUUUUUCUCCAUCAGAUUCUCUCUUUUGAACCCAGAUCUCCUGUCGUAUCUCUGAGUUCCGAGGGUCGGAUC